AGGAAUGCAGCAGGUAAAUACCUGAGCUGGGCGGAGCUACAGCCUAUUCCUCUGACAGAAACAACUCUCCGACCUUUGAGACUAGCAGAGAAGUGGAGAGAGAGAGACGGAAGGCACAGAAUGGCCACAGAAUUCACUCAGGACACGUUGUUAUAUUUCCUCCAGAGCAGCGGGGGCUCGGUGAAAAACUCGGAUCUGCUUCUGCACUUCAGACAUUUCAUUAGGGACCAUGCGGACCAGAAGCGCAACCGGGAGCAAUUCAAAAAGUUUGUCAACUCCUUGGCCACCGUUAAACAGAUCGAUGGUGUCUCUUACGUCAUUCUCCGAAAGAAAUUCAAAGGACAUGUCACCGGCGGCGGCGAAGGGGGCUCCUCCGAGCCGCCGCCACUUUCCGCCCGAAAGAACACCGAGCCUUCCCCGGAGGACGCCAAACUGAGUCCGGCUUGGAGCACAGAGAAGCCUCGGCAGAAACUGUGGGAGGUGACAACACCCGCCCCGCCGGGAGUCAUCGCUGGCAAAACAAUUCUACCUGCGGCUGGCAUCGUGCUCAACAACAACAACAACAGCAACAUGGAAACUAAUUUAAACCUGAAACAGAAACGGCAGCAGGUAAUCAGCCCACCUGGUAGACCAGCAGCAGCUCAGGUAGUGAGUCAGAUCUCAGAGACUGCACAAGUGAAAACCCCCAGUCUGUCUGAGCCUGUGGCCCCAGAUCAGUGUAGGUCCACUAAAGCACAGCACAGGGUGGGUUUUGAGCUGCCUCCUGGAAUCACACCUGCGGUCGCUGCACCCAGACACCAUGGAGAAACCAGCCAGCAGCUCCCAGUCCCAGAGACCCUCAGAGGACGGGAGGCCUGUCUGCAGCCUGAUGGAGGUCUUCAUCAGAAACCUCCUCUUCAUCCCAUCAGUCUUCAGCUGCAGGCUGCUCCACGCCACAUCAGACUCCGGAAGAGCUACAAAUCUGCUGUGUCUUGUGAUGAAGAGGAGGAAGAGGAGGAGGAGGAGGAGGUCCAAAAAAGGCAAUGUUCAGCAGGAGGAGCGCGACUCCUGAGCACCAUCUCUGCCUCCUCGCCGUGUAUCUUAGACCCACCUGUUUCUCCCUCUGUCGUGUCCUCAUCAUCAUCAGAAAGGAAGCUCCCUGAGAUUUACGUUCAGGAUGUGGAAAGGGAAACGAUGAGCCCUCGUGGCCCAGGCUGGAGCUUGGAGUCAGGGGUAGGGCGGAGAGGGCAAUGGGCUGGGCCAGGACUGGAACCUGGGUCUGUUUCAGGGGAGUCCACCAGACAAAGCCUGCCUUUAGAGGCAGAGCGCUACAUGGCGCCCCCUGACCGAGCUCCAGAGGUGGUGCCUCACCAUGAUGCCCACGCACACCGCCGAUACUCGCAGCCUGCCGGUGUCCAGCUGGAGCCCAGGCAGGGGCCGAAUCCAAGCCACAGUAGCAUCUUCUCCCCCUCAUCUGAUGCUCCACGCCAAAUCAGACUCAGGCAGAGCUACAAAUCUGCUGUGUCUUGUGAUGAAGAGGAGGAGGUCCAAAUAAGGCAGUGUUCAGCAGGAGGAGCGCGGCCCCUGAGCACUCCUCUCAGUGACAUGGGGAGGGCCAUCUCUGCCUCCUCGCCGUGUAUCUUAGAACCACCUGUUUCUCCGUCUGCCGUGUCCUCUUCAUCCUCAUCAUCAGAAAGGAAGCUCCCUGAGAUUUACGUUCAGGAUGUGAAAAGGGAAACGAUGAGCCCUCGUGGCCCAGGCUGGAGCUUGGAGUCAGGGGUAGGGCAGCCAGGACUGGAACCUGGGUCUGUUUCAGGGGAGCCCACCAGACAAAGCCUGCCUUUAGAGGCAGAGCGCUACAUGGCGCCCCCUGACCGAGCUCCAGAGGUGGUGCCUCACCAUGAUGCCCACGCAGACCGCCGAUACUCGCAGCCUGCAGGUGUCCAGCUGGAGCCCAGGCAGGGGCCGAAUCCAAGCCAAGGGGAGUGGCUGUCAUCUAGCCACAGUAGCAUCUUCUCCCCCUCAUCUGACGUAGGCCCCUCCAGGGCCCCCCCCAGAGGAUUGGGGUGGAACAGCAGCUAUGACGAUCUACAGGCCAGAGCAGGUACAGCAGCAGGCUGUAAGGUUAAUUCUGGUGAGACUAGGGGUGGGUCUAAAAUCCAGGAAGCAUUGGAGCGAGCCCAAGGGGAAAAGUUGGCGUCUGUGACCCAUUGUGCCAACAGUAAAACAACGGCGCCUUGGCAUAAUUCUACAGGCCGUCUCCAUGACGACCAGGAGCCCACAGCUCGUUUGUUACCGUUCCAUUACUCCUCCGACUAUCUCAACGACAACCAGAACUCUACGUCCAGUAUGGCGCCAUGGCAACUCUCCACAGGUGAUAUCUACGACCGAGGAGAGGCAGAGUUGAGCGAGGGCUCCACCUCUUCGCCGCCGCCAGGGUUGCACCCAGCAGUCGUCAGGCGGCUCAGUAGCCACUUGCGGAGCAGGAUGUGCCGCAGUCUGGGAGCCGAUCUCGAUCAGCUCUCCCAGGAGGAGUCGAGAGCAGGAGGAGGAAGUGAGGCGGCCAGGCUGAACCGCCUCCACCUAAUCUCCUCCUCACUUAGCCUACGCUACAACCUGUCGUCUUCCUCGCUGUCGUCCUGUUCCACACCGCCUCGCUGCCAAAGCCUCGCUGACCUGGACGAGGGGGUGAAGUGGAGAGUUGGAGGAGGAGGAGGAGGAGGAGGAGGGAGGAGGAGCUCUCCCAUCGCCGCCUCCUCCACUGCUCGUCAUGAAGGCCCCAGUAGACAGUCAAUGGUUCCUCUGGAGCCCAGGGAGCACGCCUGGCUGGUGAAAGGGGCGGCUGGGUCCUGGCCCGACAUCUACACCCUGUUCAGGGAGGACUCGUCCCUUCUUAACAGACAAGACUUCAUCUCCGGCUUCACUGUGCUGCACUGGAUUGCAAAACACGGUGACCACAGAGUCCUCAACACCUUAUGGUAUGGAGUUGAGAAAGCUGGUUUGACUUUCAACAUGAAUGCCAAGUCAACAUGUGGCCACACGCCUCUCCAUAUUGCUGCCAUCCACGGCAACAAGAACAUAAUGCGGUUGCUGGUUAACAAGUUCAACGCCGAUGUGAAGCUGAGGGACACGGCGGGAAAGAAGGCCUGGCAGUACCUGAGCAGCACGGCACAGCCGGAGGUCUUUCAGCUGCUGGGAGCUCCAUCACGACCCGCUGGGGGAGGAGAUGGAGGAGUUGUGAGGGAAGACCAGGAACCGCGUCGGCAGACCCCCCGCCGUCGGCGGCAUCACCUCUCCUUUGCGUCCUCGGGAGAGAGGCCGCUGACCAUGUCGGGCACCACGAGGGUCAAAAGGUCCACGUCGAUCGCUGCAUUCCUCAAACACAAAUCGCUGCUGCAGUUUCACGGACAUCAAUCGGACUCCUCCGUUUAAAAACUCGACUAAUGGAGUAAGUCGGAUUUCGUUUAGAGAGUUCUUGGUUUACCGACCACGCAACUGAACAACCGUUUGCUGAACAGCUGGUUUCAUAAACACAAACAAGGUUUACGCCUAGGCCUAUCCACAGCAUGGCCAAAAAGUGGCUAAUGAUAUGCCUCUCUUGUUCCACUGGCAGAUACCCCCCAGAGGCAUAUCCUGAUUGUAUUCAUGUGCUGACGUGUUACCAUCGUUACCAAAUGAUUUGGCUUAAUAUAAACAUCACUUCUAAAGAGUCUGGUAUUUUACUUAAUGAGUUUGACAGUUUUCACACCACCAUACGGGCCAGCUUUUGAUUGAACCAAACUAAACCGGUUAGGUGUGAAAACAUCUUAAUGCUGUACCACAGAUAACACGUCUCACCGGCAUUAAAAAAUAAUUUGUAACCUUGUCGUACUCUAAUCUACUGUAAUAUUCCUACACAUAAAAUAUAGCUUAACAAUGAUAUCAUUUUGUAUUUAGAAUUUUGGCUCAAACUAAAAAGCUCACUAUACUGACUUUACAUGGCUAAUAUUUAGCUAUUGCUAUCCUCUAGCUUAUUAAUUAGCAUAACAUCAGCCUUCAAGGAGGCGUUAUUAUGGAACCCACGCAACUUCUAGGCAAGACCCGCCCUUCAAUAGCAUAGCUAUUGGUCAGGCGUCAAUGCUUACACAAUGUAACGUAACCUGAUUUGUUCAGGUCUUAUCCCCCGACCAAUCGGCUAUCCUAACCUUAACCACUCAAGGUCAAUCGAGCUGAUUUGUAGGGCGGGACUUGCCUAGAAGUUACGUGGGAUCCAUAAUAACGCUUCAAGGAGUUUAAGAGGCCAGCCUGACCAGCAUUUACGGUAUAUCCAGAAAAUGUUGGAUUAGAAUUAAUUAAAGUGAAAUCACCCCAAUCGCUGGAUUCGCUAAUACAAAGUAAAUCUGAGUCUGAGUUUGUCAGUGGAUAGUGGUAUGUGAUAGUGGCACAUGAGUGGCAUGCUGUUUAUUAGUGACGUAUGGCAGUAGAUCAGCACCAGGAUACCAACAGUGAACCAGUAUAUGCUACGUAAACUGUAACAUACCAUUAACCACUUUGCAAUCUUGCUGCCAAAUGACAAUACAAAGAACAGGAUAGCUGCAGGUCUGCUACAUUUACUUCAUUGUGGAUGUAUAAAACUCCUGAUUUUAAAGUUCAUUCUCAACUGGAAGGCCUUCACUCUACUGACGAGGAUUAGGGUCACAUGAAGAAUUAUUUUUCUGAGUUUAAAGUCAGUUCUGCAAAGAAACUGACUUUUACCCGGAAUUAUCUGAAAAUAAAGUAACUCCUUUCUGAUUCUGAAUAAUCUCAGAAUUCUGAUUUUCAAGUCAGAUUUCUGACUUUAAUUUCAGAACUCAAAUACAUUUUUACAUUUCAGGAUUACAUUUCAGGAGACAGUCAUUAGUUGAAAGAGAGCAAGUUUCUCACAGUUGACACUGAUUUUAUGACGGCAGUUAUAUGAACCUUUGUUCUUGUUACUGUGUCAGCCUUUUUGGAUAUGUUGCUUGUUCCUGUUGUGGAUUAACAGAGCCUACACACUGUCCAAAGCCUUAUUUAAAAAGGGAUUCCCUCCUUUAGUGCAAAGCCUGGAGCUUGGUCCAGAUAUCUGCAACAACAGUCAGCUUCUGCCCCUGAGCAUUCAGUUUCACUGGCUAUGAAUGCCAAAGAAAAGAUUGUUUGACAAAGACUGUCACAACAAUGCGUGAUGGCUUAAAGCAAGAGGUAACUUGCAAGCACUUGCAGAGCAGGUUGUUUUUCACUGUGAUUAUCUGAUGUCGUUAUGAGAGGACAAAAAAAACAGAAGGUUGAAGUUUUAGUCUGAAGACAGAGAUGAUCCUGCAGCUUUUUAACACUUGUCACCCACAUCUGAUCUCUGUUGAUGUGUAUUUUACAUUCCUCAUACUGUUUCCAAAAUGCAGCCUUAAAACUCACGUUUGUUUCUAUAAAAUUGCACUGAAAUUAAAUUUAGGGAGGUAGUGGACAAAACCUCAAACACCUGUACAAUGAAAUAAUAUUACACUGGAGUAGGCACUACUUUGUGAAGCUUUACUUUUUGCUGGCACUGAAUCAGAGGUGUUUUUAAGUUGGUAGGGUGAUUUGAAGGUAAGUGUGGUAUAUUACAACAUGGGUGUUAUUUUAGUAUAUUUGUCCAUCAUUUCUGUCCGUAAUAACAUAUUCACCAGCUGAGAACUGGGAAUGCAGUGACAUCACUUAAGUCUGACAGGUCGAGAAACGCGAGCAGUGAGGAAGUCCGACAGGUUGUAAACAAGCCCUGUACAAGUUGCAAAAAUUAUAAUCCGUGCAAAAACAAAUCCGCAUAUAACCCUUGUGAUAGCACUGUAUUUUGUAAAUGUUAAAACAAAUGAGAUAUAAUAUGUUAAGUAAGCUUUGAAUGUGCAGGUGGAUUUUGUUACUGUUGGACAAAGCCAGGAUUGCUUCAUCCAGCCUUUGUGCUAAGCUAAUUGUUUUAUAUUUAUCGUGCACAUAUGAGAGUCGUGUCAAUCUUCUCAUCUAACUAAAAUGUCAAACUAUUCCUAUACCUUGGUGAGUAGUUCAAUGUUUUUAGUACAGGUAAAAAAUUUUGACAAGCUACAAAAAUAAGAGCUUUAAUGGAAUGAAAUUAUCCUUUAAUUUCUGAGCCUGUCGUUUGUGAUGGUGUUGUAUUGGCUUGCACUUCAUACAGGAUUUGUAGUAAAUGGUGUAAAACAUGUUGAAACACUAGUACUGUCCUUUUAACACUUAACCACAAGGAUGAACCUGGUGUGUUUGGCUUUGAACAUGAUUGUGGUCUGAAGUUUACUGUAAUGUGAUGUUCUACACUGUGUACAGUAUUUUUACCACCACUAUUUACACAGAGUAUUUAAUGUGUUUCACAGUUGGAGGUUUUGUGGUUUUAAACACAUUUUUGUGUGGAUGUGAAUGACUUGCCCCAAGAGGGUUUCUAUUCAGAUCCAUUGUCAUCACACUGGAGCCCCCCAAAGAAGACAAAAGGCAGAACAAAGUAAAAAAAAAAAAGUAAUAGAACUUCAAUAGAUAAUACUGUCAAUUUAAUUAAAUGGAUUGCAAAAUA